CAUGAAAUAAACGACAUAUUCAACAUAAUGAGGUCACCACAAACCGAAUGGAACCCUGUUAUUGGCGAUAUUAAUUUUUAUAUAGAUAUCAACAAAGUGGUCACAAGCGACAGAUCUAAAAUGUUCGGAAUCAAGAGUCGCAAGUGCAGAUUCGACACAGAACUCACUUCAGAUCGAAGCUACCCAUUGGGACUGUAUACACAAAAUCUGUGUUUGAUGGAGUGCAGCGUCGAUACAGCAAUCAAUCUAUGCGGGUGUCGGCCAUUCUUCUACAAAAUUGGUCCUGGGCCAAUAUGCAACAUAAGUGGAAUGAUUUGCUUAUCAAGGAAUCGUUGGAAUGAAACUCGCAGCAACUGCACUUGUUUGCCACAAUGUAAUUCAGUUGAUUACAUAUUUACACGGACCAGUACCAUCGAUUCACCACUAGAAUCGAAUAUGAUUACAGCAAAUCUUCGCAUUCCAAAAACAAGGCUCAAGCGAGAUAUCAAAUUUGGUAUUCAUUACUUGGUUGUAUCGAUCGGAGGAGCUGCGGCGCUAUUUCUUGGAUGCAGUUUCAUAAGCAUUGCUGAGCUCAUCUAUUUCGCCACAGAACGUUUGUUCCACAAGCCUUGUUGUGAGAGAAAGCUUUGCGCCUCAAAAUGGCUACGAUUCAGAAUUAGCAAUCAAAAUAGAGAUUCAACUAGUCCCACUCGAUGUAUGAUCAUAUUCACCAAAUUCACACAGCAACUCUAUUACUUUGUGAACAACAGUAGCUUGCAUGGCAUCCGAUAUUUGGAUCGUCGAUAUGGAAUGAUUGAUCGCAUUUAUUGGAUGUGCGUUCUAGCUGCGUCGGUCAUUGCAAUGAUUUUGGUAUUUGUGUACACAUUAAAUGACUACUUGAAUGAACCGGUUGUUAUAAACUUCGAUCCAAUUAUCACAAAAAAGAGUAGUGUUUUUCCAGUUGUAUCUGUUUGUAUUAGGAGAUCUGAUUAUGUAAAACCAAGUACUAAGAGAAUAAAACAAUAUGUUAAAAGAUAUUACACAGAACACGAUAUUGAAGAGCCUCAACGGUAG